UUUCUGGGAAUAAAGCCAAAAUUGAAGCCUGGUCGAUUUGGUCAGUUAAGUAUUUUCCUCAGCAUUCCAUAAUCUGUCAAGAUGGACUUUGAGUGGAAGCAACGCAUCGUGUUCAUGUUUGUCAUGACCACACCCGUUCUCGCCUUAUGCGGACAAGGCCUCCCACAAGGGGGAACGAUUAACUGGUCUAAAAAUCCCAACAGGGUUCGCCUCCUGCAUGAAUUUCAAGCCUCGCAACAAAACCUGGAGGACUCCGAAGUACGUGCCGACACGUUUCCACUUCCGCUCUGCGAACCGAGUUUACCUUUAAGUGAGAAAAUCCGAAAAUCGUUUGACUCUCGUCGUCACUGGAUGGAGUGUCCGUCCCUGUGGGAAAUUCGGGAUCAGGGGGCAUGCUCGGCGUGGGCGGUGGGAGUAGCAUCCGUCCUAACUGACCGGUACUGCAUCGCUAGUCGGGGUAAGGACCAGUGGCGCAUUUCGGAGCAGGACCUCCUUAACUGCGCCCCCAGUCGCGAAAACAGCGGAUACAUUAGUUGCCAAUCCGUCGCCAUUCCAGAAGUUUGGGAUUACGUGACCAAAAAUGGCGUGGUGACGGGGGGAUACUUCCGCUCGGGGAUGGGCUGCCAACCCACCACGAUGGAACCGUGUUAUGGAAUGAAGUCCUCCUCCUGCAACUCGAUCCCUCCUGAGGACGCCGCCACUUGCCGGUCCAGCUGCACAAACCCUCGUUAUAAUCGCAGCUAUGAGAAUGAUAAGCAAAAAAUUGCGGGAUCGUGUGGAAUGAAGAUGACGAAUCUGGAGGAAGAAACGAAUGAUGAUGCCAUCAAGGCGGAAAUCUACAAGAACGGUCCUGUCCUGGCUGUGAUGCGUCUUUACGACGACCUCCACGAGUACGAUGGGAGGGUCAGUGUCGUGAACGGAAGUGGAGCUAUGUACCAAAACUCACACGGCAUUUCGGCCCCUCAUGUCCUCCAUCCGGUCAAGAUUGUGGGCUGGGAUUCCGUGCCCGUCGAAGGAAAUGGGGACGUCGGGUACUGGAUCGUGGCCAACUCGUGGGGCUACGCGUGGGGUGGACUCGGCGGCUUCUUCCGGGUCAGGAUGAGCAGCGACAUGCCAGAACUGGGCGCCUGGAUCGCCACGGAUGUGUCGUGGCCUGUCAUAUCCACAUCGUCACCACAACCAGCCUCAGACUUGGCGGAAUCCUCCUCCUACUCCUUCCUCAUCAAUCACAUCCUUCGCAAAUUUCGCAUAAGCAUCACAUUUCCUGGAAAUAAUUUCCACCCAAAUGAUGUGUGAAACCAUCAAAAACAUACAAUUAUACUCUUUAGUCUCUAAUUUUGUAUUCAAUUAUGUUGUUAAUCUUGGCCAAAGUGGCUUCAAAUGCUAAGAACGUUAACAAGAAUUUGCUCAACACGACCCAAUCAAUAUCAUUUUUUUAUUUAUUUAUUAUUGUUGCUGCUAAUAAAUUAUCUUAUCGAAAUAAAG